CGCGGGUGGGCGCCUCUCCAGCUAGCGGCAGACUCUUCCCUUUACCCGCUCGUCUCUUGGAGUAAAGCCACGUACGCCCCCAGCGGUGGUGGUUUGUCUUGAAAAUCCGUCGCCACCGGUUCUUCUGUUGGUUGCAGAUUUUUGAUGAAAUUGAGUCACGAAACUGUAACCAUUGAAUUAAAGAAUGGAACACAGGUCCAUGGAACAAUCACAGGUGUAGAUGUCAGCAUGAAUACACAUCUUAAAGCUGUGAAAAUGACCCUGAAGAACAGAGAACCUGUACAGCUGGAAACACUGAGUAUUCGAGGAAAUAACAUUCGAUAUUUUAUUCUGCCAGACAGCUUACCUCUGGAUACACUUCUCGUGGAUGUUGAACCAAAGGUGAAGUCUAAGAAAAGGGAAGCUGUUGCAGGAAGAGGCCGAGGCCGAGGAAGAGGAAGAGGACGUGGCCGAGGAAGAGGAAGAGGGGGUCCUAGGCGAUAAUAUCUCUCAAGACUACUAUUUCAAAGUAGUUUUGUUUGUUUAUAACAGACGAAGAGGAAGACGUGGCAGAGGAAGACUACGUGGCUAAGUUAGAAGAUGGUGCCUAAGCAAAUUGUGUCUCUCAAGAUUAUGAUUUUAAAGUGAUCGAUGCCCCGGGUGCUUUUUGUACAGGCUUUGUUUGUUUGUGGCAGUUUUUAAUAAACAUAAAUGUAGGACAGAGUUGUCUAUUGACUAUAUCAUAUUAAGUUUUAAUAGUUCAUAUAUAUAUUCAUGAUACAAACACAAUAAGAGCUAAGCGUUACUACUAGGCAGUCUCAGAAUAAUUCCAAUCUUAGAUCAGGCUUUUAAUUUUUUGAACUAAAAUAUUUCUUUUAUGAAUAUUUGUAGAAUAUACACCUUUUUAUUUCACAUGCACUGACUAUGCGUUUUGUUUUUUUUAACAUCUUUAUUGGAAUAUAAUUGCUUUACAAUGGUGUGUUAGUUUCUGCUUUAUAACAAAGUGUAUCAGUUAUACAUAUACAUACGUUCCAAUAUCUCUUCCCUCUUGCGUGUCCCUCCCUCCCACUAUGCGUUUUAUUGUUUUACCUUGACUCCAUUCUGUGGAACCUUCCUACAGGUGAAAUAAGGUCUUUUUGGUACCUCAGAAACUAAAGACCUAUGGAAUUAGGUCUAAAAUUGAUUCUCCUUUCCUGAGUUUUAUUCCAUGGAGACUUAGGUUCUUAGUAAAAGGUGAUGAUCAUCUUCUAAAUUAAGAAGUCAUUGCCUUUGUUGUCAUUGUUAAUGGUUUUUUGGUUUUAUUUUACUUCUUUUGGGCCACACUGCAGGGCAGGUGGGAUCCUAGUUCCCUCACUAGGGAUUAAACCCAUGCCCCCUGCAUUUGAAUUGAGGCAUCUUAACCACUGGACCACCAGGGAAGUCCCUGUUUUACUUUUUUAAUAGGUUCUUAAUAGAAUAUAGUUUUUUUGGGGGGGGUUAAUUUUAUUUUUGGCUGCAUUGGGUCUUCGUUGCUGCACGCAGGCUUUCUCUAGUUGUGGCGAGUGGGGGCUUCUCUUCAUGUGGUGCAUGGUCUUAUCGUUGCAGUGGCUCCUCUUGUUGCAGAGCACGGGCUCUAGGGUGCGUGGGCUUCAGUAGUUGUGGCUCGCGGACUCCAGAGCGCAGGCUCAGUAGUUGUGGCGCACGGGCUUAGUUGCUCCGCGGCAUGUGGGAUCUUCCUGGACCAGGGCUCAAACCUGUGCCACCUGCAUUGGCAGGCGGAUUCUUAACCAAAUACUUUUUACAAGUAGUCCUUUAAGAACAAAAGGAAGAAGACCUACUUCUUUGCCAAAAACUGGAUUCUUUCUGAUCAUUAAUAAGGAUUUUUUAAAAAUUGUUUUAAUUGGUUAGAUUUAGUGAAAAAUACUUCUCAGUAUAUAGUUUCUUACAAAGCUUACUAUUGUUUAUAUACUAAGGAAGCUAACCUAACUGAGGAUUGAACUAGAUCUGUGUUUUCAUUUAAUCAUGUAUGGGGGUUUGUUUGUUUAAUGAGAAGGGAAUGUUCUGCAAAGACUGUUUUCAAAAAAGGAAGUUUAGGCCUUGUAGGGAAGUUAAUGUAAUUGAGAUGGCAAGAGCAUUUGUGUGUGGUACGUGUAUAUGUGUAUCUCAUUCUUUUCCAUCCUUUGUUGGUGCUCCUAUUAAUUGAAUGCAAGCAGAAGGCAAGGGAACACAGUGAUGCAUCAAGGUGGAGAGAUUUGAAGGGGACAAACAGAAAAGCACAAGUAGUGAGUAAACAAAUGUAAGUUGACUCCUGCCCUCCUGGAGCUUAUAGGCUAAAAGGGAAACAGAGUUAGAUAUACAUUGAUACGUAAUUGCAAAUUGUGAAUACUCUGAUAAGGAAUACUUUGUAUUAUCUUGUCUGUUUUAAAAGCAGUGGAGGCUCAUGUUGAUUUUAAGUCGAAUGCCAAUAACAAAGGAUUUUUAAGCGUGCCUCGGGGUCUUAGUUCUCAGACAACGGGUGGAACCUGUGCCCUCUGCAGUGGGGGCUCAGAGUCCUAACCACUGGACCGCCAGGGGAGUCCCCUGACUGUGUCUUACUUUGUGAAUUUUAACGUCUAGAAGUUUGUAGUGUGAAACCAGUCUAGUAACACUGUUUAAAUGUAAGGCUAAACCCUAGUGGGUACUAGAUUGAGUUUGUCAGCUUUAAUAAUAGGCAGUCAUUUUAUCAGCAAAAGGGAAUUUAUUUGAGAAUAGCCAGAAGAAUUGCAAUUUGGCAUAUACAAACUAUGACAGGCCAUAGGCAAAUCCAGAGAACCAGGAAGGGGAGCUUGCUUUGCGUGUGGGUGGGGACCUUGGGAGGGGCAAUAAUAAGCAGAGUCCUUUGCAGGAAGAGGCUUCUCAUUGCUUGGGUGACUACAGUUUCUGAUUGGCUGGGCUGCCCUUGGGAAAAGAGAUGUUUUCUUCUUGCUGGAUAGCAAAGUAGGCAUCGCCUUCAUGUCCAGAUGUAGGGCCACGUCUCUUCCUGUUUGAAGUAAUUGGGUUUGCAGUGAAGCUGGCCAGUUGGACAGCAGAACUUUCCUUAUUGUCUUGUUCCCUCUGGUUUUGCAGGGGAGGCUUCACCAGGUGUGUGUUUUUAUAAGAAGCAGUAGUAAUGCCUUCUGUUUUUAUGUUUUUUGGGUUGUUUUUGUUUUUGUUUCUGGCUGUGCCACUCAGCUUGUGGAAUCUUAGUUCCCCAACCCUGGGAUCGAACCCAGGCCCUCAGCAGUGAAAGCACGAAGUCCUAACCACUGGGCCGCCAGGGAAUUCCCAGUCUGAUAUCUUUUAAAGCUUAAGAUUUUAUUUGUGAAAUUUGUUUAAAGAAAUUUAUUGUGAGUUUAAACAGAAAACUGUAAGUGAAAUAAUAGAGAAAUUGUAUUUCACAACAUGUUUUAAUCUACUAUAAGUAGGUUGGUUAAGCAAGGAUGGCUUAGUAUUUUGAAAUGUAUUAUGUUCAGCAGUCAAAAUACACACAAUCUUCUAUAAUAGAUAUCAGAAUAACAUUUAAUAACACAACACUCAUUCCUGAAAACCUAAAAUGGACUUUCCUCAUCAUGUUAAGGAAGAAUUUUCUAUCUUAAACCAACAGCAGACAUUUCUAGAGACAUUCCAAUUAAAACAACAAAAGAAUAUAUCUGAUAUUGGUCUUUAUUUAAUGUGAAAAUUCUUGUGAAUCCACAAAAUAAGAGGUAUACUUUUGAGAAGGAAGAGAAAUUUUGCAGUAUUACUGUUUUCUCUGCAGGAACAUGGUAGUAUUCCAUUUAUCUGAACCAGUUUUAAAGUUCUGUGUAUUUCCUAUAUUUUGAGUAAGCUCAGUAUAUAAUAUGAGAUUCAGUUUACAAAAGAAUAAUAGCAAAAGCACUAGAUGUCAAAUGCAGUAGAUUCUUGUUAUUGAUGAUAGUUAGGUUCUAUAAAGUUGCUGUGAACCCUGAAUUAGUGAAUAGUGAACCAUUGCUCCUAGGAGGAACACAGGUUCUCUGUGUAUGAGUCUCUGGUCAUGGCAUUUUCAUCAGCUCAUCAAUGCAUAACCUCGUUUUAUGUGUGUUUUCUGUUUAAAAACACCUUAUUUAGUACCUAUUGUUUCAUUUACAUUGAAUUCACAAUCAACAGCACUGUAAUGUAUGCCUGAACAGAGUUUUUCUAAGACAUGUAUUUUUUCCAAACGCCACAUCACAGCCUUCUUGCUUUAUGGAUACUAGAUAGCACUAUGCUUGGGGGCCAUUUUAAACAACAAACUCACCACCCAAAAGCACAAAAGUACCAAAAAACUGUGGCACUAAAUUGACCAUGAAGGAUGUUUGUCUACCAUAUGAGACCUGAAACAAAAGGCACUGUCACUUUAUUCAGCCUCAGCCUAGAACAACCAGGUGGCACAUCAGGUAACAUUUUUUUGCUGCUCUAAAGCAUGCAUGGUCCAUGCAUGACCAUGGAAGCACCAAUAGUACUGAUUUUGGAGUUACAAAUAAAUUUUAGCAAGGAAAUGACUUCCCCAGUACAGAAUGAUUAAUGAUGAUUGACCAUACUUAACAUAUUUUGGUAAGAUUAUUCCGAAGUAUUUUGUGUAUUUUGUUACUAUAGUGAGGGAUAUCUUAUCCCACUAUUUGAAUUCUAACAAUUUCACCUAUUCUAAGAUGGAUUUUUAAAAUAUAUUUUAAUAUCUCUGAAAUUGAGAUGCAUCUUAAAUGGUAUAAAUUUAGAUUUGGUAUCAAACUUAAAUCAUCAAGCUUUUUUCUUUGUUAGUAGUACAUACAAUAACAAGUGCAUCCAAAAAUUGAUGUCUUAGAUUUGGUGAACUACAGAAAUUAUGGUGAUUCAUAUGCCUCUCAAGUAGAGCCAUACUCUGCUUUGUCUUUAAAUGAUAAUAUGCAUUGUGAAUCUGCAAGGAGAGUAAAGAUUUUCCAUGUUUCCUAGAACUUUGUAAUUUUCUCCUCUUUGAGUGCUUCUGGAACAGUGGCAAAAAUCAGUUCUAGCUUUUUAAAAAUUCCUGAGCCAUAAAAUAAAAAAUAGUACCAUAUUCCAGUGUGGGAAGACUGACCAGUGUAAAGAUAGAAAUUCUCUCCAAUUUAUAGGUUUAGUGCAAUUAUCUUGGUGAAUUUUUAAGUAACUUCUUUACUGGCAGUAUGUCAACUAAUAUGUACUUAAUGCUUAUUCUGUGCCCAGUUUUUCUGAUUAAUUUAUAGAUUUAAUGAAAUUGCCAAAAGGAUUUUUUUAAUGGACAAUAACUGUUCCUCCCAUUUGACAAAUAUUUGGGUACUAACUCUGCCAGGUUCUGUGCUAAUAAGCCCUUUACAUGUUAUUUCUUUUUUUUUAGUAAUUUACCUUUUAAAAAAAUUUUAUUUAUUUUUUAAUUUUUUGGCUGCAUCGGGUCUUAGUUGCAGUACAUGGGAUUUUCAUUGAGGCAUGCGGGAUCUUUUGUUGCGGCGCGUGGGCUCUUUGUUGCGGUGCUCGGACUUCUCUCUAGUUGUGGCAUGCGGGUUUUCUCUAGUUGUGGCGCGCAGGCUCCAGGGCACGUGGGCUCUGUAGUUUGUGGCAUGCAAGCUCUCUAGUUGAAGCUGUGCGAGCUCAGUAGUUGCAGUGCACAGGCUUAGCUGCCCUGUGGUAUGUGGGAACCCAGGGAUUGAACCCACGUCCCCUGCAUUGGAAGGUGGAUUCUUUACCACUGGACCACCAGGGAAGUCCCCUACAUGUUAUUUCUUUUAACCCUCCGAACAGCUCUGUAGCAGAAAGAAAACUUGUGCCCAGAGAGGUUAUAUAACUGCCUAAAGUCCCAGUUAGUAAGCAGCAGAGCUAGAAUUUAGAUGCAAGUCUCUAAGAACCCUGUGUUUUUAACUGGUAAAUUGGUUCCAAUGUUCAUCCUCAAGAAGGAAUAGGCUGUAGGAGAUUCAUUAUCUUUCUAGAAAGGAAUUAGAAAGGUGUGGGAGAACUUAACCUUCCUAGAUACCAAACAUUGUAAAAUAUUAAAACCAAAGGAAAUUAUCUUGAUACUCAUGCAGUUUUCAGCCAGAUUUCAUUUUUGGUUUAUCAAGUAAUUUUGUUUUUGUUUUUUUUUUUUUGCGGUACGCGGACCUCUCACUUUUGUGGCCUCUCCCGUUGCGGAGCACAGGCUCCGGACGCGCGGGCUCAGCGGCCAUGGCUCAUGGGCCCAGCCGCUCCGCGGCAUGUGAGAUCUUCCCGGACCAGGGCACGAACCCGUGUCCCCUGCAUAGGCAGGCGGACUCUCAACCACUGCGCCACCAGGGAAGCCCUCAAGUAAUUUUUUAAUAAUGCUUAUUGCUAUGAAGGUAGAAGACCAUUUGGAGUAGGUUAAUAGGAAUCUAAAUUGAAAAACUUUAAGCAGGUUAAGAUAUGUCAGAAGUCUUAAAUUUUUUUCUGUACUUUGAUGCAGGAUUCCAUUUGAGAGUCCAAGGGAAAAACAUUGACAGAAUGCUCAUUAUAUUUCUUAAUUAAAAAGGAAAACAACCCUGUAUGUCGAAAAUUAGAGGAAUGGUUAAAUCACCUAAAGGAUAAACCUGGAGUCACCAAACUUUUUCUGUAGAGGACCAGGUAGUAAAUGUUGUAGGCUUUAUGGGCCAUAUGGUCUCUGUCUCAACUAUUCAACUCUGCUCAAAGCAGCUAUAGGCAAUAUUUUUAUAAUAGUAAAAAAUAAAUAAGUAAAUCCUAACUAAAUGUCCAACAGGAAAAGAGUAAAUUGUUUACGUAUAUAGUAAACUACAUCACUGAAAAUGAACUAGAGCUGCAUGUGUCAACAUGGAUGAGCCAGACAAUAUUGAGCAAAUUAUUUAAGUAGCAGAAUACAUGUUAUUCUAUGUAAAUGCUAUGUAAAUAAGGAAGAUGUAAACUGUAUUUAGGGAUGCUGACGUGGCUAAAGUUUAGAGAUGUGUGUAAGAAUGAUAAAUUCAGGAGAGCAGUCACUUCUGAGGGAUGGAAAGAAGGAGGGGAGUGUGAUAGCAGAUGGGGAUGCAUGAAUUUUAACUGGGUGAUGUUCUGUUUCUCAAGCUAGCAGAUGGGUAUACUUAGGUUGAACCAUAUGAAAUUGCUGAUGUUUGAUUGUCUUGACCUACAAAAACAUUGAUUUCAUAUCGUUCAGGUUACUAUUUCUGUGCAUUUUUUAAUAUAAAAUAUUAUAUAAUUUUUUUAACUGCUUGAAAAUUUGGCUAAAGAAAAAUAAAUGUUAUUCAGCUACA